AUGACCCUACAACACACUUGGGACACAGCAUGGGCGACCGCACCACCCCAAGCAUGCGCUACCCUACGCAAUCUCAACGGCGCCGUCGCAUGGGGCGAGACAUGUGUCUUCCCUGAAGAAGAUGAGGACCCGAUACCCUUCAGCAUAAACACCGCUUGCAUGCCCUGGGUGACAUCGAAUAUCUACCCAUCGCCAUCCGCAUUCUACUCGCCCGCUACCGCAUGCCCGGCUUCUUGGACGGCCGUUGCUACGCAAACAGACGCGAAUGGAGAGGGUAGCGAUAACAGGUGGAUAGACGGAGAGAUUGGGUUGCAGUGUUGCCCCGAUGGGUUUCAGGCGGAUGGAAGAGAUGGAUGUCGACCGGGUGGUAGUGGCAACUUCCCAGUUGUUGAAUGCGGAGAAGCGGAUGCGGAAGAGAACGAAUUGAGGACAUAUGCUGGGGGAUCUUGGCCAGCGAGCGCGACACCGAGUAUCACUGCCUUGCACUUGAGGUAUCAACCCAGUGAUGCCGGCAGCGUAAACCCGACUGCUUCGGGCACAGCGACUGGUGCAUCCGCAAGUAGCAGUGGUGGAAGCCAAGGAGGAGGAAGUGGUGGUGACAACAACGGCAGUGGUAGUGGAAUCUCAACAGGUGCCAUAGCAGCGAUAGCCACCGUCAUCCCAGUCGUCAUGAUCCUCGGAGCCUUAGCCCUAUUCCUCCUCUGGCGUCGACGAAAGAAGAACAGAAAAGCAGCCCUCGCAUCAAAGCACAUGGGCGAUGAAAAAGACGACGACCCAACAAGACCCGCCGACGACAACACCAAUCACUCCGCAUCCGCCUACCUCCCCUUACCAAAAGGCACAACCACAACCGCAGCCCACUUCUCCAACUCGUCACAGAACCCGCACGAAACCCCCGAAUGGAACGUCGAGAUGGACGCUACAGAAGCUGAGCGCCAGAAACUGGCUAGUACUGCACCGGCAUAUGGAAGUUCCCCGUCUGGAAUGAGUCUGGGGAAUGGGGGUGAGGCAACGGAACUUGCGGGGUUGGCGAGGGUGCCGAGGAAACCUAUUGCGCCGGUGGAAAUUGAUGGGAAUGCUGUUAUUCCGGAGGUGGGGGAUGCGUAUAUUCCGUAUAGGCCUGGGAGGGAGGGCAGCUAG